UUUCUCCCGACGCGACCAGUCUCGGCGCGGCCGCCUUUUCGACUCUUCCGAUCGAGAGAACACGUCCACGAAAGUGCGCACUGAAAAAUUAAUUGUAUCAAUAAACGUCGAUACGUGAGAUACGUGCGUCGCGAGUUCCAAGUAUAUUGUUAAAAGUGAAAGAAUCGAGGCUGUGAGACCCGCGCGUAUAUACUCGUACAACGAAUAGCCUCGAAUGAUCUGUGAUCUUUGUGCUGAAAAUGUCGGAAAGAAAACAAAAACGGUUGAUAAAAAGUGAUUAAAGGGUGAGAUUAAGGGAUCCGACGGUAUCGUUUAUUUUACGCGGAAUUCAGCGGGGAUUCCGUCUUCUCAAAAGGGCCUAACGACGCUGUUUGCGACGCGGGAUGCCAUUUUGCGAUAAAUAAUCUCGUUAUAAAUUAAAUUCCAUCGGAUCCCGAGUAUCGUUACCCUGACGAUGAUGAUCCUUUAUACACGGUGCUCCAUGACUUUUAUGCCGCGUGAUAUCGGCGAGAAGAUCGAGUCUUUGUGCGAUAGUUCAUUCGGAGUGUUGUAAGAAAACAGCGAUGUGUGGCUUUGUGCUUUCCGCUUGGUGGUAGAUUUUGUAAAAGACGUACUGUCCAACGGAUUUCAAUACGGAUUAAGGAUUACUUUCGCAAGCGACGCCCUCUGGAUAAGCGUAUAUGGCCGAUGUGCGAUUGGAAUGGCAGAAAAGUUGCGCGAGGCAGCUGCCCAUGGUGACGUUGAUCGAGUUGCACGCUUGCUCAACGAAAACGUUAAACCGUUGCCUGAUGAAAAUGGCCGGGGGCCCCUAUUGCUGGCCGCGGCAGGUGGUCACGUGGAAGUGUGCGAGAUCCUGUUGCUGCAGGGCGUCGACGUUAGCGCCCCUGACGAUCAUGGAAACUCGGCGCUGCACGAGGCAUCAUGGCGUGGCUACAGUCGGACCGUGGCGGUUCUGGCGAAGGCCCUCGGGACCCAACGGGCCCCACUGCACGCCAGGAAUCUCGCCGGAUUUGCACCGCUUCACCUUGCCUGUCAAAACGGCCAUAAUCAAAGCUGUCGAGAGCUCCUCCUAGCCGGCAGCAAUCCCGAUCUUCAGAACAACUAUGGUGAUACACCACUUCAUACUUCGGCACGUUAUGGCCACGCCGGCGUAAUGCGUAUACUAAUCUCAGCUCUAUGCAAAGUGUCUGAUCAAAACAAAAACGGCGACACUGCUUUGCACAUAGCAGCAGCGAUGGGUCGCCGGAAAUUGACGCGCAUUCUGCUGGAAGCUAGUUGUGAUCGAAGCUUACGGAAUAAGCAAGGCGAAACAGCGAAGGAUAUUGCGCGCCGUAAGAAUCAUACAGAAAUCCUGGAAAUUAUCUCCAAGGCACGUGGUAAGAGCCGGACGCGCAGCAAAAGUCGGGAAGGCGACUCGAUAGAUGGCAAAAUAGACGACGGCAAGCCAAUGAAGUCGGACAAAAAGCGAGAAAAGACCGGAAGUGGUACAAGCGGUGGCGGCGGGAGCAGCUCGAAGAAAGACCGGAAGAAGUACAAGUCCAACAGCAAGCAGCACAAAGUGCGUUUUGAAAAAGCUAUCAUGGGCCGGCAGUGGUCGCCCUACGGCUGUCACUACUACCCGGACCCGGAAGCAUUCCCUCAACCCCGUCUAGAUUCGCUACCCUCUGACCCUUUGGGUCGGGGUGAGCAGUAUUACCUAGACCUGGCGGGCAAUAUCAGAAAGGGCCCGGUGGGCGUGGGAUACACGUGCUAUUGCGCACCAUUCUUCCGACACAUGGAAGCGAAGCUGGAGCGGGACAAGGCUGAACUGAAAGCGCACAUCGAUCAGGCUCACGAGGAUCAGGCUCACGAGAAGUUGGAUCUGAAGGUGGCCAAUCUGGAGAGGAGGACCAGGGGCCAAAUCUCAGAGCUGACCAGGUGCGUUCAGGAGGAGCGCUCCAAGUGCGACGAGAGGUACUCGCACCUUCAGCAACAUCUGCAACGAGGCGGCAGAGGCAGAUACAGCGAGAGACCAGCGAAAACCAAUUACAGUCAGGAUGUGAUAUUGCCAACGAGGACGAGAUCGUUGGAGGACCUGUUGGACGACCGACCGCAGGAUCGCAGCUUCGAGAUUCCUGGAGAAACGCCGAUUCACCGGGGAAGUCUAGACGAUCUCGAUAUACCGGCUAUACCUAGACUUAGCACGUCCAUGAGGGACCUACCCUCGGGAUCUGGAAUGAUUAAAUCAAGUCUCAGAGUGCUGGACAUUCCUCCGAAAUUGAACGAUACGUUCGAUGGGGUCAUUGGGCCGAGUGGAACUUCGCCCUUAGACAUGAUGCCAGCAGACUCAGUUCCUGUGAAGGGCAGACGUCAGCAAAGAAAUUGCGUGUCGUACGACAUGCACGUCAUGAAUAUGUCAGUGGAUGAAAAUAAGAUCCAGAAGAUUAGCGAUGGAAAUAUGACGGAGUGGAAUGGUCGCCGCAGCGUCCACGAGAUGAUCAAGCGGUUUCAGCAAGUACCUGAUAUGCAUAAUGGUUGGCGAAGAAUCCGCUCCGGAGGCAGUGAACAGGCCAGUCUGGACGAGCAUACCAAGUGCACGCAAAAUCAGAGGGUACAUUCUCAAGAUAACGAAAGCGAGAGCAGCGAAGGGGAAGACGACGACGUCGAACAAUCCAAAACAUAUAAAGAGAUGAAUUGUAGAGAGGACAUCUCCAAAGACGCGCCUUAUGACAAUAUUGCGAGGAUGCCGUAUCGAUCUCGUAAUCCCGUGUACAGUCCAACACCACCUCUGCACGACACUCAUAACGAUUCCGGCUACAGCACCCGCAUGUAUGGCUCCAGCAAAGGCGCGUCGCCUUCAUUAUCAGGUCAGUUAGAAUGCGACGUGAUCUUAUCACCUUCGACAGGAUCAUUCACGAGUGGAGAACAGCUCGCUGCCUUACUGGAGCAGCCCAGAAGGCACGACCUAACGGUUUACGAGAGAAAUGCUGACAACGUCGUCAUCAACAUCGGUACUGCCAGUCUGGUUUAGCAUAGCUAGAGAGACUGUAGCUUCAAUCGAAGAAAGUAUAAUUUUUGAAAUACGUUUGUAUGUCACAAUGUACAUAAUAUAUAACAACGUCAUUCUAGAAAUGUUGAAGUAAUGACUGU